AUUAAUUUACUUGAAAAAUCAAUGAUUCCUGGAAAGAAGGGCUUCGAACGUAUUAAAUGGUGUUUUAAUAAUACAUUAAGUGAUCCAUUUCCAUUUCUUAUUUCUUAUGUGGAUUCCGUAACGCAAGAAACACAGAGAAUAAUAUUUCCGCCAACAUUUAAUGCCAAGAAACUCAAAAUUGAAUUUAAAUUUGAGAAAUUAAAUGAUUUUAUUUUCCCAGACAUGGAAGUCAUAAAGACCACAUCUCAGGAGGAUCAACGGAGAUCUGAUAUUGUAGAAAUUUAUGAUUGGCUUGGAAUGGCCUCGCUUCGAGCGCAAAGGAUUAGAUUGCAAGAUAAUGUUGAUCCUUAUAUAUCUGUUUAUACUCCUCCCGCUCCAUAUUUAAGUGGUAACGGAUCAUUAUUAUGUUGUGUUGGAUUUAUUCCCUCAUCAAUAAUUUUGUUUUUAUUCAAAUCUAUUUUUGACCAAUUUAGCAACUCAAAUACCCCUUGGAUUGCUUUAAAUGUUUGGGGCUUUAAAGAUUCACCAAUAUCAUGGAACAAGCAAGAGCAUGGCCAUUUUAUGAAUGGUGAAAAUAAUUAUAGUUUUUUAUUAUGGCCAGAUGGUGCUUAUAUUUUAUAUCAAGCACUUGGUGCUUAUGAUAGCUAUUCAUAA